AUGACUGACGUGAGCCCUCAGCCAACUGAACAAUCAACCGAGCCACAAGGGUUCGACCCGAACAAUGUGGAUAGUUAUGAGUUGGGUCCUUACCAGAAGGCAUGUGGCGAGUUGGAUGAGGCUGUGAAGAAGUUGAAUGACGAGAUUUUGAAAGCGACGGGGAUCAAGGAGCAUGACACGGGGUUGGCUCCUCAGAGUCAGUGGGAUUUGCAAGCCGAUAGAAUGGCUUUGGGGGAGAGUCAGGGAUUGCAGGUGGCGACGUGUACGAAGAUUUUGGAUGCAGAUACGGACGAGCCGAAGUAUGUGAUUAACAUUAAACAGACGGCAAAGUUUGUGGUGGGUUUGGGUGACCGUGUUGCGCCGACGGAUAUAGAAGAGAAUACUCGAGUGGGAGUGGACAAGCAGAAGUAUCGGAUCCAGAUAGCGUUGCCCCAGCGGAUUGACACGGCAGUAAGCAUGAUGACAGUGGAGGAGAAGCCGACGGUGACUUAUAGUGACAUAGGUGGUUGCAAGGAUCAAUUGGAGAAGUUGCGAGAGGUUGUUGAAAUCCCGUUGUUGCACCCCGAGCGCUUCGUGACACUCGGUAUCGACCCGCCGAAGGGGGUGCUGUGUUAUGGGCCGCCGGGUACGGGUAAGACGCUGACAGCGCGUGCUGUUGCGAAUCGUACUGACGCGUGCUUCAUUUGCGUCAUCGGCAGUGAGUUGGUCCAAAAAUAUGUGGGUGAAGGCGCUCGAAUGGUUCGCGAACUAUUCCAACUAGCACGUAGUAAGAAGGCAUGCAUUCUCUUCAUCGACGAAAUCGACGCCAUCGGAGGCGCCCGAGGUGGCAGCGAAGGCGGCGGCGGUCAUGGCGACAGCGAAGUACAACGCACCAUGCUCGAAAUUGUCAAUCAACUAGACGGCUUCGACGCACGCGGGAACAUCAAAGUUCUCAUGGCAACCAACCGACCCGAUACUCUUGAUCCUGCCCUUACUAGACCUGGAAGACUUGAUCGUAAAAUUGAGUUCGGAUUACCUGACUUAGAAGGCCGAACACACAUCUUUAAAAUACACGCACGUACUAUGAACAUGGACAAGAACAUACGUUUCGAACUACUCGCCCGACUCUGCCCAAAUACUACUGGCGCAGACAUACGCUCAGUCUGCACAGAAGCUGGUAUGUUCGCCAUCAGAGGUAGAAGGAAG